AUGAUUUCAGAUCACGUCCGAACCAACACCUACCGAAUGGCGAUACUUCGGAACAGUGAGUCGAUUCGGGGGAAAGUUGUGCUCGACGUUGGCGCAGGAACCGGCGUUUUGAGCAUCUUCUGUGCUCAAGCUGGUGCUCAUAAAGUCUACGCUGUUGAAGCCUGCUCAAUAGCCGAGCAGGCUGUGGAAAUUGUAAAGCAAAACAAUUUGGAAGGCAAGGUGGAGGUCGUUCGAGGGACGGUGGAGACUGUGGACCUACCGGAGAAGGUAGAUGUGAUCGUGAGCGAGUGGAUGGGCUACGCUCUCCUGCACGAGUCUAUGCUCAAUUCCGUGCUCUACGCUCGCGAUAAGUGGCUCAAGCCCGGGGGUGUCAUUCUGCCGAGUAAAGCGGAACUUUACAUUGCGCCAAUCUGUGACCCGGUGGCGGAGGACCGUCUGCAUUUCUGGUACACCGUUAAGGACAAGUACGGCAUCGACAUGUCCUGUAUGUACGACUUCGCCCGGAAAUGUGUUAUGAACUCUGACAUUACAGUGAACACGGUGACGGUGGAGGACGUGCUCUCCCACCCGGCCCGCUUCGCCGAAAUCGACUUGUAUUCCGUCACUGCGGAAGAGCUGCGGUCGGUGAAGGGCCAGUUCAGGUGCGAGUCUUUCGGCUCGGCGGCAGUCAACGCGUUCUGUGUUUACUUCACGGUCACUUUCCCCAGCCCGGAUAAAGCGCCGCCGCUCGUGCUUUCCACAUCCCCAUUCAAACCGGAGACCCACUGGAAACAAGCGGUGCUUUAUCUCGGCGACGCGGUAGAAGUCGUGCAGGACACCCCGGUUACCGGAGAGGUUUGCAUGUAUCCCUCCGAGGAAAGCACCAGACAUAUAUGUAUCCACGUGGAUUACACCAUAGGACAAGAAAAAAGACAAUCCAAGAAUUUUUCCAUUCCUGACUGGAGCGCCGAGACUCAGCAGUAG